UGCAGUCGCAGUGUUACGGUGUUCGCUGCGGCUCUACAUUACCGUACCGGUGAGGACAUGGCAGCCAGCGGCAGAUAACAGCAGCUCCACAGCUCUCCACAACCAGGCCCGAGCUGAAACUCCCACCUCUCUGUUUACAAGACAAAGUGCCAACACCUGACUCAUUUUCCACGGAGCUAUCAGUUCCCAGCGGACUCAUCAGGUUUCACUGUUGAGGGUUUUCUAAAGCAAACUGCAUGCUGGGACAACCGUAAAUGUUGACCUCCUGACCUCCUUCAUUUAGUCCCUGUGCGGUUCCAGCCGGUUGUUUGACCAAUGCCUCGAUGGAAAGUGUUCUUCACUCAGCACUUGCGAUGGUCCAGCACCAUCACCCAAGCCCUCGUCCUGUCUGUCAUCACGUUUUGCGUCAUCCUCCCGCUGUGCUGCCAUCGGCUGCUUUACUCUUACUUCUUCAUCCGGUCCAUGUACCUGGACUCCAUGAGUGAGCAGGUCCUGCAUAAAAGCCUCGACCGAGGCCAGGACGCUCUGCACUACUGGCAGAAAACUUCCAGUGCAGUGCCGGUGUCUUCUAGGUUCAGUGACAUCGGCCAGCAUCCUGAGCUGCUGGUUAUCGUGGUGACGGCCAGGCGGAACGAGGGGCGGGACUUCCAUUACCUGCUCCAAGUGAUGCAACGACUAAGCGGCAUUCUGGGAGGCUGUGGGGAGCAGCGGUGUGCAGAGGUGUUGGUCUGUGACGUGGAAAGCGGUCCCCAGGAAAACCAGGACGCCAAACUGCUGGAGACCCACUUCAAGGUAAUCCGGCGUUCCCCCCAGGAGCAGCAGAGGAACAGGGAACAAAUCAACACCUUUGAGAGGGAGAAGAGGGAUUACGUCUUUUGUAUUCGCAAAGGAUGGGAGCUGGUGCAGCCCAAAAACAUGAUUGUCCUGGAAGACGAUGCUUUGCCGAGGCAGGACUUUUUCACAGUCAUAAAGGACCUGCUGUCACGUCGUUUUGCCCUCCAAACUCUUUACAUAAAGCUGUAUCACCCUGAAAGGCUGCAGCGCUACUGGAACCCUGAGCCUUACCGCAUCCUGGAGUGGGUGGGACUUGGACUGGUCGCAGCGACGGCCCUCCUGCUCACCUUUCCUUACUGGAACCCCUUCUCUUUCUCCUUCACGUUAUCGUCCAGCCACCUUCUCUUCUUCACUCUCUACUUCAUGGCUGCUGCGGAGCUGCUGGGCCGGCACUACCUCCUGGAAGUGCGGAGACUUUCCCCGCAGCUCUACACCGUCUCCCCGGCCACAGAGUGCUGCACCCCAGCCAUGCUCUUCCCCGGCAACGCCUCUCUCAGGGCGGCCGAAUACCUGGACGGCUCGUUCUGCGUCAAGGGCAACGCCAAAGACAUGGUUCUGUAUCAGAUGGCGAGGACGAUCCCUGGGGAAAAGUCUCACAGUGUGGAACCCAACCUCAUCACCCACAUCGGGGCCUAUUCCUCGGUCAGGGCCAACCCAUCCAGGCCCAAACUCCUCUGAAAGGGAGGAGCCAGGAGGAGCUGGAGGUUGCUGACUCAAUGCAACAAGGCUGGAUCUAAUCAGGUUCCUCCUCACUUGGUUCUUCUUUUGUUUUGUUUUUCUGACAUGUCCCCUUCUGAGCUAUUGAUCGCUCAGUGAGUGUUGGUUUGGUGAUUUGCAGGUGAAAACUCUGCAGGAAGUGUUUUAGCCACAUUUUUCAUUCAUCCAUUUCAUUCAUGUCUGACAGAUAAACUUUGAAUCGACACAGCUGUCAAUAGACUACAGAUUUACUUAUUCUACAUGCACGUUAGCACAACUGAAGUUUAUUAAUUAUUUUAUACGCACUUACGUACGGUAAUGGUGUUCCCCAGGUGACUUACACUCAAUAUUGUGCCUCCUCAUUAAAAAUGUUCCAAUAUUGGGACGAUACCUUGACUUUGAUACUGGUUCUUUUUUCAAUAUCAAUUUUAAAAUCAGUUUCUCCAGGAAGUUGCGACAUUGCAAUUAACAACAAUUAACGCAACUUUCACACUUCCUGUGAAUUCAGUGCCACCUUUUGUCUAAUCACUGUAACUUUUCCAUAAAUGUCGCCCACGCAAAACCUUCAGCCAUACUCACCAAACUUUUAGAGAUUUUAUUCUCACUGGAACAAGUUGCAUUUAAUUUUUAAUGAAUUACACAAGAAAAGCAAAUUUUCACUUUGUCCUGCAGUUUCAUUGCAAAAAAUGCAUGAAAACAUCACAACAGUUUUUUAUGUACGCCUUAUCGAAAUUUGGUACCCAAGGACAAGGCCUUUUUAGUUAAUUCAAUUGGUGCCAUAAAAGUGUUGAAGGUCGGUACCCAGACGCAGACAGCACAGACAGCAGUGAUCUACCCAGGUAGUGUAGACACUGUCUGUUGAUACUGUCGUCUCAAUAGUGAAAUCUAGAAAUCACUUUAACUUUGUUGUGGUUGGUAGAGUCAUUUUACCGGCAAAUCACAUAAACCACUCUCAGUGUGCUGUGUGUUCAGUUUGGGACCACAAGUCAUGUCAUCACUGCUGGAAAACUUUCAUCAUAUUUGCUGACUUCAGCUAAGGAGUUAUAUGCUUCUCUGCUGCCUGACACUAUUUGAAAAUAAUCAGAUGCUGUCCACCGUGAUCAUCAUCCACCCGAAGACAACUCUUAGAACAACAGCGUGUCAAUGUGAUGAUGAAAGUGGUGAAAUUUUGAAGGAUUUGUUCACUGUUUGUACACCCAGACCUUACCCAGACAGAUUUCAGAGAACGCUUUAAAUGAGAAAAGGGAGUGCCCUCAGAAGUAGAAGAGAUGAAGAAGAGGGUGUUUUGUACAUUGGUCUUUGGAGCUUAACAAUCAAGUAUAACCAUGGAUAUAAGAAACUAACUUUCUGUUGCAGUGAGGUUGCGGUUGAAAAACAGUGAACAUGUCUUUUAUGGGACAAAUUUUGGGUCUUUGCCGCCCUGCAGUCCCUGUGUGUAAUCCAGUCUCAGUGGAUCUAACAAGGCCAGAAUUCACAGAGUAAGUCUCUUUAAUGUUUGAGGACAAGACGAUAUCUUGUCUUUCUGAUUGUGGCCUUUCUUUAACACCAAUGUUUGUAAUUUCAUUAUAUAAAAAUAGAAUUUUAAAAUAGUGAGCAGCCAUCUCUGUGAUACAGAGCGAUAUUAAUGCAGUACUGCUGCUUACGGAGGCCCAGAGUGACCAUCAAGAGAAAAAAAUAAAAUAUGUAUAUAUCAAGGCCACGUUUUACUACAUGAAGCUCCUGAAAAUGCUAUUGUGUGCACAGACAAUCAUAGCUCCUACCAACCCUCUGGCCUGAAGGCAUGUUGGGGCGAGUUAAAAACAACAUAAAUAUUAGUGUAAAGGUCCGAGACUGGAGAUGAUCAGCCUAGAAUGUGACAGAACAAACUAUUUGGGGUCAGCUAACAGUGUCUGUUGUGCAGGUCUCUGUAUACAUCAAUAGAUACAUCGUUAACUGUAGUGGUGACGUCAUUCGGAGUCAGUGUGUGCGCAGUAGUGAUCGGGGUUGGCGCCACAGUAUCGCGGUGAAUACACCUGGCUGACUCAAUGGCGAACAGAGCUCAGCUUUUUGUAAAAAUGUCAUUUAAUUAUGUAGGUUCUCUAAUUAUUAAUUAUUUUUCAUGAUCUGAGUGCGGCAGACAGGAAGUCGGUCAAUUAAGGGAACUUGGGUUACUAGUUCCAUUUUGCAUUUUAAUUCAGCAGGCGUUUGCUGUUGGCCGUAGCCAACCUCAGUUUUGACCCUCCAAGGAAAAAAAAAAUAGGAUGGUGUUUAUAUACUCAUGUGCAAAAAUUAAUCCAAACGUAUGCAUUCAAUAGCAUUUUCAGUACUUGAUGUAGUAAGAAUGUGGGCAUGUAUAUUUAUAUUUCCACUCUGGGUCCGUAGCUGCUGGAGAUUCCACUACCAGAGCAGAACCACACUGGCAUUACCUCAACAUGAAUGCGCUCUACCGAGCAGUGGCACGACCUGGCUGUUUUCCUUCAUACUUGUUUAAAAUCAGAGUCUUGUACAAAGGUCUUAUAUAUGCAGAUUAGAUUCAUGUUUAACUGUUUGUAUUUUCAAACAAUAGAUUUCCAUUUUCAGCAUUGAGAAGAGCAAAAGCUGUGAGGGUAGAAGGAGUGUUUGGUAAAGAGAGACCAGUUUGUGUGGGGUUACUGCCGUGUAAACAUCCCCAAAGAAAAAUCACGACUGAGCCGCUAACGUUAGCUUAGCUUAGCAUUAGCGGACACUGAGAGGAUUUGCUAAAAUGUCAAACUGUUUAUUUAAGACCAACCAAGCGUCUCGCUGACCACCCUGUAUCACUGAAUGUGCCUUUAAUGAUUUUGCAUUGAACAUAAUUAUAACAGAAUAUUUAUCCAUGAUUCAGCUCGGGUUGAAAUGACUAAAGUUGAUCCGUUGCAAUAUUUGAGUGGAUUUAAUUUGUACAUACUCGUACUUAAUAAUUAAGUGAAUAGAGAUACAGGAAGUAGCUGCCAAAGUAAAACCAUAGGCCUUUGUUCUCCGGAUACACUGGAGUUAAAAUUCAGGAACUCAAACUGAGUCCUGUUGUCGGCUCUAACCCGCUAAAUGAAAAUCAAAUAGCAACCAUAUGAUUAAUUUUAUGUUUAUUGUUGUUAAAACAUGGUUGGCAGCUUGAAAUGAAACAUUUGCAUCUUCAGUUAACAGAAUUUAAAAUGCUGAUGGGAUGUUAAAAUGAAAAUGACAUAAACAUAAAUAUAGAUAAUAGAUAAACAUUGCACUACGUUUAUUUUAUCUACACAUAUUUUAAAGGAAUAUUACGACAUGUUGGGUACAAAAAACAGUGUAAGUGUAAAAACUUGUUGUGGUUUUCCUCGGGGUUAUGUUCCCGUCUGUUUGUUGGCUGGGACCAGUGACUUCCUGGAUUCCUCCCUCGCUGACUGCCAACAGAAAAUAGUCCGGCACAUACCCUGUUGAACGACUGAUUGCCAUCUUUACACGUUGUUUUAUUAAAUGAACCAGAUAUAACGUGUUAUUCUUCGAGCUUUAGGGGUGCUGGGUUUUGCUACCUUUGGACAGGUUGGCUGUUUGCUGGUGGACUUUAGUGGUUAUUUUUCAGAGCACAUUGAGCUGGACUUGUGCGUCCAAUUUCAGUCUGACUAAUGGUGUGAGGGGCGUGGCCUUUCCAAAAUGUAAUUUUUGGGCCUUAAUUAUAGCGCCACCAUCUGGCCGUCUGGGCUCAUGUUUCUUAGGAAGCACAUCAUUUCCUGUUAUUAAGUUUAAUGUUUCUAGCUCAUUCCAACUCACAGGAAUUUGAGCUUUGCAGCAGACAAAUAAUAAUAAUGAUGAACUGACACAAAAACAGAAUAAGGUUUCUGCUCCUUCGGGACUUUGAAUUAUGCUGUUAUUAAUAUAAAAAAUCCACUGUAUUUAUACAUUCAUUCAACACUACUUAAAUUGUGUCUGAUUUUAUUACAGGCCUCCAAAUCACAAAUACUGUCUUUGUUUUGAGUGAAUAUUUAUUUUUUGGACAAAUAUGUAUGAAUAGCACUAUAUGAGUCAUUUUAAAAUGUAUUAAUUGAGCAGCUCAAAUGAAAUAUAUGAAAACAUGAAACAAACUGAAUUCAGGUGGAUUAUUGUUGAGGAAAACUAUUUUCUACAUGAUUUCUGACUUCAACAUUAAAUUGCACUUACAGCACAAACAUAUCAAAAAAUAAGGACAGAGUUAAAUUAUUUUAUAUCAUUAAUAAUAUAAAGUAAGAAUCAGAGUGUUUGAUAAAAAGUUCAAAAUAUCUUUUCUAUUUUGAUGGAAAUGUUCAGACACAUGAUCCGAGUCUGUACAAAGAUCUGCAAUUAGAAUACUUUAUUGAACUUGACAAGUUCCUCAGUUUUCCUGCUCGUUUAAGUUGCAGAUCUACAUUCAUUUCUUCAAUAAGUAAAUUAUUUAAAAUUUGAUUUCAGCUUGGUUUUGGUUUGAUUUGGGUUUUCUUCCAUGCAUACAGUACAUAUGCUUUUAUUUUGUAUUUUAAUCAUAAGCAGCACAAACAUUUAAGUUUAGUUUGAGUUGUGUGAAGUUUUAAUGUUUUUCUCUUCAUGUUACAUAUCACUUUUUUUUAUUUUGGGUUGAAUUUAAAUCGACUGUUUACACUGAAAUUCUUUGUCUGUUUUCUACCUUUAAAACACUCAAAUAAAGCACGCUGU